CAAAAGUUUCAAAUUUUAAAUUUUAACACUAUUUUUUCUAUUAUUAUAAUUUGACCCCAACGAGCCAGAGAAGUACUAAAACCCUAGCGAAGUGUUUUUCUCUCUCUCCCUCGGCGCCUCAGAAUCACGACGAGAGAGACACUCUCACCUCUCAGCCAUGGCGGAAGCAAUCAUUCAGGAACAACAUGAAGUCAAGCUUUUCAAUCGAUGGAGCUUUGAGGAUGUUCAGGUAAGUGACAUUUCACUUGCUGAUUAUGUCGGAGUUGUACCCGCUAAGCACGCCACUUAUGUUCCCCACACUGCUGGGAGAUACUCAGUGAAGAGGUUCAGGAAGGCUCAGUGCCCAAUUGUCGAGAGGCUUACCAACUCUCUCAUGAUGCACGGUCGCAACAAUGGAAAGAAGAUUAUGGCUGUUAGAAUCAUCAGACACGCCAUGGAAAUCAUCCAUCUGCUAACCGACUUGAACCCAAUUCAAGUCAUAGUUGAUGCUGUGGUUAACAGUGGACCUAGGGAAGAUGCCACUCGUAUUGGAUCAGCUGGUGUUGUCAGGCGUCAAGCUGUUGAUAUUUCCCCUCUCCGUCGUGUCAACCAGGCUAUCUAUCUCCUCACCACCGGUGCUCGUGAAUCUGCCUUCAGAAAUGUCAAGACAAUCGCUGAAUGUUUGGCCGACGAGCUCAUUAACGCUGCAAAAGGUUCCUCCAACAGUUAUGCGAUCAAAAAGAAAGAUGAGAUCGAACGUGUUGCCAAGGCUAACCGUUGAUUUGGGAAAACAGUUAGAAGAAAGGUUUUGUUUAUUGUUCUUUUCGUUAAUUAGAAAGAGUUUGAGGAAUGUUUUUACUUUUGUGACCUUUUGUAUUAGUGACAGAGUAAACCUUUUCUUCUUUAGAAUUUUUUUUUUUUGAAUAUUGGAAAUUUUAAAAAGAAAUUAUGGUGUGAGUAAAGAUUGAUCUUCUUUAGAUA